ACCACGGUGGGCAGGAUGGUUACAGCUUAGUUAAGUAGUUCCACAGCUUAAUUUAGAAUCUCAGGCUGGUUUAGGUGGGAAGGGACCUUAAGGAUCCAACCCCCUGCAUGGGCAGGGACACCUCCCACCAGCCCAGGCUGCUCCAAGCCCCAUCCAACCUGCCCUUCAACACUGCCAGGGAUGGGGCAGCCACAGCUUCCCUGGGCAACCUGGGCCAGGCUCUCACCACCAGCUUUUUUAAAACUUCCCAAGGAAAUCCUGUCCUCUGAACCAUGAAGAUCUUAGACCCUGGGUAACAGACACGGCGACUGGGAAUCCCUCCUCACUCUUGGGAAGCAGAUGCUGAAGUUCUGGAGAAGGAUCUUCUCUAAUCCCAGACAGUGCCUGUGUGAGAACAGAGAACACUCCCAGUGACCUUGUGCCUGAGCCAUGCUGGGCCGGAGGGCUGGGCUGCCCCGCGACCUCAGCAGCCACCGCCAGCUGCCCCUGGCCCCCCAGGAGGCUGUCCCCCUGAGGAGCAGGCCACCCAAGGAGCCUGAUGUCAGCUUGGAGGUGCUGAGUGGCUCCAGCCCUGAGGGCAGGCAGGGCCGCAGCAGAGCCCAGCGGGACAGGAAGGGCCGCAAAGCCGACCUGAAGGACUCCAACGGGCGGGAGGCGGAGACCAUCACCUUCAUUUCUGGCACAGCAGAGGCUCCCCCCGACCAGAGCUUCUGCUGCUCCUCUCUCUCACAAGCCUGGAACACCUAUAAGGCUGUUUUCUGUUGUAUAGUGACCUGUGGGGGCUGCUUCCAGGACUGCAGUGUCUGCAUCCCCUACCCGGGGCCUGCUGAGACCUCCACCGACGACGGGAAGAGCGGGGAUUACAACGGGAGGUUGCCCAGCAGCCCCACCAACGUCUCCCCAGCUGAGAAGAAUGGGAACCAGAUCAAAAAAUCCAGCAUGGGCAGCAGUUUCAGUUACCCCGACGUGAAGCUGAAGGGCAUUCCUGUCUAUCAGAACAGGAGACCCAGCCACCACCUGGAUUCGGAUCCCUGCUGGAAAGAGCUGCCCUUCAGGAACAGCAUGGAAAAGCCACCACUCCCCAGCAGCCAUCGAAGUUCUGAGGAGUAUUAUUCCUUCCAUGAAUCUGACCUGGAUAUCAGUGAGCUGAAUGGCUCCAUGUCCAGCAGGGAGAUUGAUGUCCUGAUCUUCAAGAAGCUGACGGAGCUUUUCAGCGUCCACCAGAUCGAUGAGCUGGCCAAGUGCACCUCAGACACUGUCUUCUUGGAGAAGACCAACAAGAUCUCGGACCUCAUCAAUAGCAUAACUCAGGACUACAACCUGGAUGAGCAGGAUGCUGAGUGCAGGCUGGUCCGAGGCAUCAUAAGGAUCAGCACCAGGAAAAGCAGAGUCAGGCCCCACAUCUCCAUCCCAGCCAGCCAGAGCCACGAGGAGAAAUCCAGCAGAGGCCAUGCACCAGACAGUGGCAAUGAAACCAUGCUGGAGUCCAUGGUGAUCAGCCAGGAUGAUCUGGCCGUGCAAAUAUCAGAAGAAACCUCAGCAGAUGUGAUGGCCCGGAACAUGAGGCGACACAGCAGCGCAGGCUCUCCAACCAGCAGAGAUUCCUCUUUCCAAGACACAGAGACUGACUCCUCUGGGGCACCUCUGCUCCGGGUCUAUUGCUGAGGAAAAGGACCCAGGCAGCAGGCAGGCACCCCAAGGCUUUGCUGCACUCCCAUCCCUCCCCUUUCCAUUCCAGAGUGUCCUCUGCCCCUUUUUUUUUCCCCACACCCUCCCCUCCGAGUCCACCCUGAUCCUUUGUUGAAGUCAAAUUUUUCCUGCUGUCUGAAUUUCACUGGAUGAUAUUGUAGGUCUGGGGGUUGUUGGGUUUGCUUUUUGGACAAUAUAGAACAUCAAGGAAGUGAAGUGUGGAGGUAAUGAACUUGGGAGGUGUGCCCAGGGAGGAGAAGAUGGACAAGGAAGUAUCAGAUAACUUGUGCCUCUGGGAUUUCCAGACUUCACUUUUAGCCUCCCCAGCCUCAGCCCUUUCCUGCUCUGAGGAUCAGGUCUUGCUUCCUGCCAUCCCAGAACUUCAUCUGGGUGGGGAACAGCUGGAUGGUGCCUUCUUCCCAGAGACCCAAAUCUCUAGGUCAAGUGGCUGGAUCAGUCCCCACAAUACAAGUCCUGUCCCCUCGGGUUUCAGGACCAGCUCUGCCUUCUUCCUGCUGCCCCUUCCUGGUGCUGCCUUGGAAGGAGAAGGUUCAGGGAACGUGGUUGGGUUCAUCUUUGGCCUCCUGGCCUGUCUCCUGGGCCAGUGCCAGCUGCAGUGGUGGGUGCCUGGGUGGCUGAGCAGACCAGAGGGGCCAGCUUGGCAGGGACAGGCUGUGGGGACUGGCAUGAGGUGCUGCCAGUGGCACUGGAGAUGUCAGCAACGGCCACCUGGUGUGACAGCUUGGUCCUCACACCCCUGCCAAGCCCUCUGCCUUUCCCCAUCACACUGACAGCUGGGCCAGGAGGCUGGGGCAGGUGAGGGACACGAUUAGUUAAUUCUUAUGUUUUUAUAGUAAGAAAAUCCCUCACAAGUGCCUUGUUCCCAGACAAGUGUCUCCAGAAGGUCUGUGAGGAACCUGCCUUUCCCUGCGGUGCCUUCUCCUUCCCUUGGCUCCUCUCCAGCAUCCAGUGGGAAGCAGAAGUGGGAUGGCUUCCCCAAGGCCACAGGGUGGCAGGUGACCUUGAGGGCUGCAGGUGGCAGCAGGAGGAAGCUGGAUCUUGCUGGUGUUGCCACUUGGUUGUUUAUCACAAAGUCAACACGUGAAGCUGAGGCACUUGCUUAUACAUUCGGGUGCCCUUGGAUGGGGAUAGGAAAAGCUUGCUUGAAUUUACCAGCCAUAGAACCAGCACCCACUGCUUUUUGGGGACAAAGUAACCAAAACAGGCCCUGGGCUUUCCUGUGGACCAUGUUUUUGUGCCUCAGUUGGGCUGAAAGUGCCUCAAUUUACCUGAAUUGUGCCUAAAUUGACCUGAAACGUCCCUGGGUUGAUCUGAAUUGACCUGAAUUCUGCCUAGAUUGACCUAAAAUGUGCCUAAAUUGACCUGAAAGUGUACUUGAAAUGUGCCUCAACUGACCUGAAAUGGGCCUCAGUUGAUCUGAAUUGACCUGAAAGGGGCUUGAAUUGACCUGAAGCUUCCCUCAGUUGGUCUGAAUUGACCUGAAAUGUUCCUCAAUUGACCUGAAAAGUGCCUCAGUUGAUCUGAAUUGACCUGAAAUGUGCCUCAGUUGACCCAAAAUGUGCCUUUAUUCCAUAGCCUGGGGUUACUUUUCAUAAGGUUUGGGUUAGGGGGGAAAGGAUUUCAUUCCUCAGGCUCAAUUCACUGGCCAAAGCCCUUUGAAAUCUACAGUUCAGGUCCCUUUUGGUGCCUGGUGGUGUGAACUUCUCACCUUUCAGGGCAUAGAGCAUGGACAUGAUUUGAGACCACACCUUGAGAGGGAGAGAGUUUUGAGAAGAAAGGGAGAGAUUUGCCUUCCCCUCCCUGCUUUGUGUUUUUAAAGCUGUUUGUGAAUUAAAAAAAACCCAAACACCACCCUGUUUGUCCAAGGAGAAGACUUGAAGGAAGGGCAGCCUGGGACUCCUGGAGGAGCUGUGUUUGGUUCACCUCCUUCCAACUGCCACCUGGAUUGAUGGAUCUGUUGGGAUUCCUGCUUCUGGAUGGAUUUGUGCCUCUGGAUUUGGACAAGUUGACUUAAAACCUGUGCACUGAGCUUGGGACACGUUGACAUUUUGGAGACCAGGGGUGAGGAUGGACUUGGGAGGAGCUGCCCAUGGUUGGGACAGGUGGGACAAGGUCUGUUUCACAUUUGGUCUGUGUGCCAAGAGUGAAUGUGUGUGGAUUCAGCUUGCAAAAAAAGACCCCCCAACAACCUGAAAAACCCCAGAAACUGACUAAAAGGAAGACUGGCAACCUGAUGGUCCCUGGAGCUGGUGCACCUGUGGUGUCUUAUGGGAUUCUUUUGUACUCCUUGACCUAAAACAUCUGAUUUGGUCUUUUUGUUUUUGUUUUUUUUUUUAUAAAGCAGAAGAUGUGCUCUUUGCCUCA